AUGCUUCCGAGUGUACACCAUCUCAACUCAGAUCACACUUCCACCUCGGCUACUAUCACCACCACCACCACCACCAACAAUAACAACAAGAAUAACUCAAUUGGCUGCACCAAUCCCGCACUGCCACAACUUUCUCUAGAGUAUAAACCAAAUCAACCUCCAUCUAUGGUAUCAGCAGCAUGGAAUAAUCCAAACAAUACUUUUACUUUUACCCCGAAGUUACCAUCUAUUCACCAUUUAACAGGCCAAGUUACUACCGGCACUGGUGGUGGCAUACUGCCUAGAGGGAACCAAUGUCAAUUGCCGCAAAAAUUGCCCAUUCUUCCACCUGCACAAUUGGCAACGCCAGUGCCACAAAAUCAACUGAAAUUUGAACAAACUCGUGUCUCUUUACAUUCGCAACCACCAUAUCCAAUCACCCUGUCGUCACAUACACAACAGCAUUUGCAUCAGUUGCGCCUGCCAGUCAACAUGCAAUAUGUAUUUACUCAAAUCUCUCCAACCUCACCCAUUUCACCAGUCCUAUCUCCCCACUUUGUGACACAACAACAAUCGGAGCACACAUAUAGUCCACCGGCAACUUCAACUUCUUCAGUCAUGAGUCUGCCAAUGCCGCACACUACCAACUAUCAGCAAUUCCAUUUCCGCCAAUUGUCAUUGCCGGGUACUACUCAGUCCGGUGUUCCAGGCAGAGUAUUUCAGCCGGCUCUGCUCCCAAUCAAUCAACAAGUUAACUUCAAGGGCACUAUAGACCCUGCCUUCGAGGUCAAGUCUGCUGAAUCGGCAAAAGUUUUGAAGCCUUUUGAAAAGUCAAAGAAGAAAAGAAGAAAAAGAAGGGGAAAAUCGGCUCCCAGUACAGUAGCAUCAUCUAGCAAACUGCUGCAACACAAGACGAUAUCACCAAUCUACACCAGGAAACCGAGACAAACUCUUGUCUUUAACGAAGACGCAAUCCAUUACCCUGUUCACAAAGACCUUUCAAGUUUGAUCAACUCCAACCAAAUCCCACCUUCCGUUGUCGAUCAACUCAACACAUUUGUCUAUCCACGCAUUGACACAAAAAAGUAUUCAACUUCAGCCUUGGAUUCACAAAGAAACUUUCUCACGGUGUUUGAGUACACAAUCAAUGACCACUGGGUGAUUUGGGACUAUGAAACGGGGUUUGUUCAUUUGACGGGGAUUUGGAAAGCGUCUUUAAAUGCUGAUGGUGCUGUUUUAUCAACAUCUUCCCAUUCAAAAGCUGAUAUUGUAAAGUUGCUUGAGUCUACACCUAAACAAUACCAAGCUUACAUAAAGCGCAUUAGAGGAGGGUUUUUGAAAAUUCAAGGUACUUGGUUACCUUUCAAAUUGUGCAAGAUACUUGCAAGAAGAUUCUGUUAUCAUAUACGGUUUGCAUUGAUACCAGUUUUCGGUACAGACUUUCCCGAGUCAUGCUUACAUCCUAGUGAUCCUGGUUAUGGAGAAUUGAGGCUAGAUGAGUUGAAGAAUUAUGAGCAGGGAGACUUACCAGCUCCUUCAGUGGAUGAGAAUGCCAGUCGUCAAGAUCAAGUGGACAAAAUGGGUGGCGAUAAAAAGGAGGUUGAAAAAUGUGAAUCGGUAGUGUCGGAGCAGAAUCAUGAGCCUUUGCGGACACCAUCCACCAACACCAUUACCACAAACGCCAACACCACCACCACCUCUGGGAAACAAACUACAAGCUUGGCAUCGCCUGUGAGAUUAAACAAUGACUUUGUGAAAGUUGCUAAAGCUGAACAGCUUCCUCCGAUUGGCACUUUUUCGCCAGUGUCAACUAAAACUAAGGCGGUGGAAGAUCCCAAGAAGAAUUGUACAAUAGAAACAGCAAGUAUAGACUGGAGAUACCAAUCACCUCUGCAUUCUGGUACAUCGAACUAUAAGUUUGGACAGCGCGAACCACUCACUUCAACAAGCAGUGAUUCAUUAAGCUCAGUUUUCACUCGAAAUCCAGCCACUCAACAAACUAGUGGAACCAAUAUUGAAUCCUUCAAUGACCUCGUUGACAUUGUGAAUGCUUCAAGGUGUCUUCAAUCAUUGAGACAAGAACAGGGUAACUGGAAGUCCCUGCAACCGAGCACAAACACUCCUUCACAAAGUUCUGUAGUAUGGGAGGAGGAGACCGACGACGAGAGUGACUACGUGACAGCUCAUAAAAAGUGUUCUCCCAAGAGCGUUGCGGAAAUUGAUGAUGGUGGCAUUUCCUCCAUUUUGAUAGCUGCUGACCUAAACAAAUCUUUUGCAUACAGCUCCAAUCUUCGAUCGAGAAUAAGUAUCAAAGACUUGACUACAUGA